UUUUAAAUUUAGCAAAGUUUUGUCUAAUUAUGUUGAUCUACAUUUAAUAAAUUUAUUAAAGGAAAAUGUUAACAGGAUAUGACAGCUGGUAAAUAAGGAACUUUGCGACUGAAUGAACAUAUUUUACUUUCUAAUAUUUAUUAUUUAAUUUUGUAUUAUUUUAGAUCUCUCGUCCAUCCUAAUGCGCAUUUGUAUUAAAAAUGGGCGAGCCCCGGAUGACAGAGCCCGUUAUGAGCGGAGCCCUAUUUCGAGAAAUUCACAAAAAUGCUUGGUUGAAACGUUUGCCACCUGAAAGUAAAAGAACCGGUGUUGUUGCUAAAAAAGGUGAUCGAGUAUGGAUAGUUUUCUGUGUGCAUGAUGAUAGUGAGGCUUUUUUGGAGGGCUAUUCAAACUCAAAAGUUGCUGCUUGCCACUCGCCAGAUUGGUUUGUGUGCUUAAAUAAUACUCUUCACAUUUCACCAACAAUUUGUCCUCGUCAAAGUGAAUAUGAAUUUGUUAUUACCCUCAAUCAUGAAGUUAUACGCCUCACUGCUCCCACAUGGGAAUCAAUGCAUGAUUGGGUUGAAGUUCUACGUUCAAAAUUGCGCGAGAUGCGUAUAUUAUCUCCAAAUGAAAACAUGUAUAGCAAAAUGCCAGAAAUUAAACCAAUAUUAUUGCCUACUAGAGAUCCAACAUCACCAUUGCCAGCCCCUCCACCAGUUCCUGCCAUUUUAGUACCUGGAGUAGAGCCAGUGCCUACUGGAUUGAAUAAUGCCACAAAUCAUGUUAAUAAUCAUAAUUCUGAUAAUGUUUUUACUUAUGAUGACUUUUCCCUUGAAAAUGCACGAUCUGAGGUCUGCUCACAAGCUGUUUUGCCUGAGUGCUCAAGUGAUACAAUACUUCCAACUGACAACUCAGAUAGUAAAGAAUCUACUUCAGAUAAAAAUAUAAUUCACAAUGAACAUCUUGAGCCAGUAAUUUCAAUUGAAAUUGAUUCAGAACCUAUAAAUGAUUCUGUCUCAGUUAAAUUAGACAACCAUAUUGAUGACAUCGAUAUUUCCAAUGUGACUAUCUUAGAUACAUCUAACCCACAUGCAGUUUCUUUCUCUGCCGGUUGCAAUUCUUUAGUUGCUGUUGACACACUGGACGAUACUGAAGUACAGUUAAAGUUGGACAAUGUACAAGAAUCUAGUCUAGUUAAGAAUGUUGAUUUACAACCAGAUAAAGAUACAAUUAAUAACACAAAUAUUACAUCACUGUUUGUUACAAAUCCAGUUAAAAGAAAUGGAUUUAGGAAUCCUGAAAAUGGUUAUUCUAUGAAAUUACAUCAAGAAGCAUGCAGUGGGAAAGAUAUUUCUAAUGAUCCUCAAAAUAUAGGAAAUUCAAAUAUUACUAUAAUUCAAGUUUCAAAUAUUGGGCCAAAUAAUAGCGAUCAAAAUCAAUAUGAUUCAAAUUCCUCAUCAAAUGUAGAUUCAUUACAAAACUUAUUUGUCACAAAAAACUCAUACAAAAGUAACGAUAAUGUCUUAUUACUUCAUAAUAAUACAAGUGAAAUCAAAAAUGAUAUUCAGUCUGAACCCGUCCAAAAUAGAUCUGAGAUAAAUGUAUUGAACUCUAGUCACAUUAAAAGUAAUUUUGGUAUUAGUACUAAUAAAUUAGGUCCAAGUCAAAUAAUCAAUACUGAAAAUAGAACUAAAAUAAUUAGUAAUAAUAUAAAUCAUGAGUAUUAUGAACAAAUAUUUUUACCUAGUACAUCAAAUUCUAUAACCAAUGUUCCGGUUAACAUUGUAACUCGAAUUCCACCCAAAUCACCAAAGUUUUCUCUUCUAAGUAAACAGCAAAGAUCUGUUAGUCAUAGUGAAUUACAUAUCAAUAGAGAAAGAAUACAUUCCAACAUUCAGAGCCCUUUAAAUGAAAAUGAAAUAGCAAGUUGCAAUACAAACAUAAAUGCCUCAUCUACAACACAUUUUGAUAUUAAACCAAUGCCUUCUACAUCAUCAAAAAGAGAUGAAUCAUCUGCCACUGCACCUAUUAAACACAUAUUAAUGAGAGGUGUGACAGAAUUACAAAUAAAAUCAAGACCACAUAUGAUUUCUAAUAAUAAUUUGCCUCAUAACAAUUUAAUAAACAAUAGACUACAAUCUGGUGCAAACAGAAACACACAAAAUAAUGGAGAAAAGAGACGACGAAGUUUGUCAAGUUCAGAGGCUACACAAAAUGAGACUUCAGAAAGAAAUGCUCAUGAAGUAAUUAGCAAUUCUAUGGCUCAUACGAAUACUGGUGACUCUAGCACUCUUAACAAUAUUCGUAAAUUAACAUUAAGAGAACAGCAGGUGCUACAGCUUCGACAAGAAAUGAAUCAUCCAGGUGGUGUACGACUCACGCUGAGGAGAAAAGACUGUUUGGGAAGUAUUGCUCUAGUUGAUGCUUUUGGGCUUGUAUGGAUAGCCGGAUGGAAACAAAAGCAGCAUCCAAUGUUAUAUAACGCAUUGCAUAUUGGGGAUCAUUUAAUGAGUAUUUGUGGAGUACCAAUAAAAUGUUCAAAUGAUGUUGCUAAAAUUAUUCGAAGCUACCAUGGUCAAUAUGUAGAAUUUAUUGUGAGAAGAAUACCAUUUGGCCGAGUUUAUGCUAUUCGAAAAGAAACUGAAGGGCAAUGUCUGGGGAUAAUUCAAGAUAGCAAUACAGCCACAAUUGUAGACAUUGUACCAAAUAGUUUAGCAGCCAGACACGGUGUACCACCUAGGGCACAAACUUGUGAUGGUUUAUCAUUAACGAGCUGGGUUCUCACAGAAAUUAAUGCCAGACCACUAAAUUUAUUUUUUAAGGAAAAUGAGGUAAGAGAUAGAUUAAAUGCUGUUGGGAAAGACAUUUCUAUUCUUGUACAGCCAUUAGAUUUAAUAAAACAAUUAAAAAAGCAAUUGAAGAGCAUGAGAGGGUACAAGGAUUAUAUUGUGCAAUAA